GGAUUGUAUAGAAAAAUAUAGUUUUAUUUUAUUGUUUAAUUGUGUGCAUGUAGUUUCUUGGUAAAUAAGACGCGCCCUUUGUGUUGUGUGAACUGAAGAAGGGAAACGUCAUGUAGAAAAGGAGCUACAGACUUGCCCAGUCAUACGACAUCAGGCAAGCAUGGGACCACCCUUUUCCCUGAACCUCCCCAUAUAAACUGCCCUGCCAUGAAGGGGUCAACAGAAGGAGGAAAGAUUCAGAAGGAGAGGAACGGGAUUUAGGAAUCACUUGACAAGCCACUGAGGAAUUCCUGAGAAAAGUAAAUCCGAAAAGUUUCUCCAUCUAAAGCGCCAGACAACAUUUCUACCCUCCUCAGACACCCUUAUCCAGAAGGACUUACAUUUUUAUUUCAUUUUAUACAACUGAGAGAUUGAGGGUUAAGGGCCUUGCUCAGAGGCCCAGCAGUGGCAGCUUGGUUGAGAGGGGAUUCAAUCUCACAACCUUUUGGUCAGUAGGCUGACGCUUUAUCCACGAAGCUACCACAUCGCUGUCUAGGCAACAUGGGGCUCUACAGAAUAGCCGUCUUCAUCUUCCUUCUUCCACACGUAGUACAGAUGACAGAAAUUUCUCCUGGGUUCAAAAUCCGCAUCACGUCCAGAGGACUGGAGUUGUUGAAGUACGAGACACAGAAGUUUGUGGAGCAAGAGCUGGGAGGUAUCACUAUGCCAGAGAUGCAUGGCAAGAAGGGGAGUCUGCAGUAUUCCAUUACAGAUAUAAAGAUUAAAGAGCUGAACCUGACUGCAGAUCUGAGUUUCCAGCCUGUAGAUGGACUGCUGUUUGAUGUGCAGAACUCAUCUAUUACCCUCAACUUCCAGAGACGUGUGAUCUACUGGUUGUUACAGGAUGAGGGUUCCAUCAAUGCCUCUGCAGACGGUGUAUACAUCAACACAACCCUCCAUCUUGCCAAGGAUGACGAGGGCCGUCUGAAGAUCGCCAAUGUUAGCUGUGAUGCUUCUGUUGCCAAGAUGAAGGCCAAAUUUGGCGGGACUUUUGGGAGGGUUUAUGACUUUGUCGCCACUUUCCUGACCACAGGAAUGCGCUUCAUAUUGAAUCGGCAGAUUUGCCCUGCUCUGAAUCACGCUGGUCUAGUGUUGAUCAACCAACUGCUGGAGACGAUUCCAGUGCGUGCAGAGGUGGAUUAUUAUGUCGGCAUUGAUUAUUCACUUUUGAGCGACCCAGUGGUUACUAGCACCAGUCUUGAUAUGGACUUCAGGGGGAUGUUCUAUAACUUGCAGAACAAGGAUGACAUCUUGGAGAAUUAUUCUGUAAAUCCAUUGUUGAACAAAUACAACCGCAUGAUCUACAUGGCUCUCUCCGAAUACUUCUUCGAUAGUGGCCUCUACUCAUAUUUCCAAGGAGGGGUGUUCAAUAUGCACAUAGCUAAUGAACGAAUGCCAAAAGACUUAGAGAUGCUUCUCAGGACCACCUACUUUGGAGCGAUCAUGCUUUUGAAUCCUUCUAUGAUGGAUGCCCCCAUCUCAUUGGAGCUGGAGGUAACAUCGGCUCCUAAGUCUACCAUCAAGCCAUCGGGGGCGACAGCAACUGUACACGCUGGUGUCAGAGUGCUGGUUCUUCCUGCAGGAAAGCCGCCUAUUCAGCUCAGCAGUAUGACCAUGGAAUCCAAAUUCAAUGCUAAGGUGUACAUGAAGGAGAAGAGAUUGGCUAUACAGCUGGACCUGAGAAGGUUUAAAAUCUUUUCUAACCAGUCUGCUUUGGAGUCAUUAGCGCUGAUUCCACUGCAAGGACCACUGAAGGUUCUGCUCCAAGUUACUAUCGUGCCCAUGUUAAACAAUUACACUAAAAGAGGCGUACAGAUCCCUCUGCCAGAUGGAAUCGACCUCAUCGAGGACGUGGUCGAGUAUCACGAUGGCUACAUCACUAUUGGAGCCAAUCUCCAUUUCCGAAGUGGUCUGAAGGAGCUGAUUGAGAAGAAGUCAUCUUAAGAGCCUGACAUAUUUAUCACUGUUAUUUUAAACUUACUUUCUUAUGUACUUUUAAUAAGUGAUUGCUAAAUAGUCAACUUCACACCAAUAUUUUAUCAUCUGUACCAGAAAUGAACAUGGACCCUUCCAUACCAUGUGUCCUUGGCAGUAGCUACAGUUGAUGUGUAUUUUGUUGUAAUAGAAUUAAUCACUACUGUAUUACUUAAAAAUAUGCAGCUACUGCACACUGGUUAAAACAUAUUGUGUAGCCUUUGUUAAUGGAAGACUUGUACUGGUGUAAAAACCUGAAGUUCAAGCAUUUUGUCCAGAAAUAUCUUGAACAAGAAAACGAGGCAAAUAUUUCUCCAUCAUUUUAAUGUAAUUAAAAACAAAGUAAAAAAAAAAAAA